AUGUGGUUUGAAAUGUGGACAUUGAUCAUCAUCUCUUGGAUUUUGUUUACGUAUUCUUAUGCUAAUAAUAAUUUUUAUAAAGGACAUGAGUUAAUACGUAUUUUGCCAAAAACAAAUGAACAUCUUCAAUUAAUUCGCUAUUUUGAAGAUCAUUAUGGAGUCGAUCGAUGGUCUGAAGUUCUACAGAUAAAUCGUGAUGUUAAAAUGAGUUUACCACAAAAACAAGUAUUAAUAAUAAAAAAAUUAUGUAAACAACAUGGAAUUGAUGUUACUACUCUAAAUAAUGAUUUAGACGAAUUAAUCAAAAAAUCAGAUUAUAUUUCUAAACAACAUAAAAAACGAAUACAAAGAUCGAUAAAAGAUCGAAUUUCACAUCAUCUUACUGAUUACUUAACAUAUCAAGAAAUUGUCGAAUUUCUCAAUGAACAACAUAAACGAUCUCCAUCUUCAAAAAAUUUUACUUCACUCUUUUCUAUUGGUAAUACAUAUGAAAAUCGAUCAAUUUGGACAAUACGAAUUGGUAAACCAUCUGCACGACGUAAUAUCUUAAUGGAUUGUGGAAUACAUGCAAGAGAAUUUAUUUCGCCUGCCACCUGUCUUUAUAUAAUUGAUAAAUUAAUUGAUGAAGUUAAUAAUAGAAAACCAUCAAUUUUAUCAAUAUUUAAUAUUUAUAUAAUUCCAUUAUUGAAUCCAGAUGGUUAUGAAUAUGCACAAACAGAAAGACGAAUGUGGCGUAAAAAUCGAUCACCUAAUAGUUAUUAUUAUGGUUCAAAUCCAAAUUGUAUGGGAGUUGAUCUUAAUAGAAAUUUUGGAUAUCAUUGGAUGGAAAAUGGUGCGUCACCAAAUCCUUGUUCUGAAACAUAUGCAGGACCUAAACCAGAUAGUGAAUUAGAAACACAAAGUUUACAAAAAUUUAUUAAACAAUCAUCUCAGCGUUGGGAUGCUUAUUUAACAUUUCAUUCUUAUGGACAAUAUUGGAUUUAUCCAUGGGGAUUUGCUUUACAUAUGCCUGAUGAUUAUAUUGAAUUGAAACGUAAAGCUCAAAUUGGCUCCGAAGCAUUAAAACGUGUCAAUGGUACUUCAUAUAAAAUUGGAUCAGCAGCUAAUUUACUUUAUGAAUCAGCAGGUGGUAGUGAUGAUUGGGCUAAAGGUGUUGGUCAAAUAAAAUAUGUUUAUACUGUUGAAUUACGUCCUUCAGAUGAUAUGAAUGAUGCACAUGCACAUUUUGCUUUUAUGCUUCCGUCAACAUUUAUUGAACCAGUUGGACAAGAAACAUAUGUUGGUGUUAAAGAAUUUCUUCGAUCACUUAUAACAUCUCGAAGACAAAAGUCAUCACCAAAAAAUAGCAAAGAAAAUUAA